AUGUUGAAGAAGGCCCCGGGCAUGCCUGGAGUUGAUCCAGAAACUAGCAGGAAGACUCUGGAGGCCGUGUCAAAGAACCCGGAAAUGCUGAAGUCAGCAAUGGACUCCUUCAAGUCCAUGCCUGAAGAGGAGAGGAAAAAGAUGAUGGCCGCAGCUCAGGCCGGGAUGAACCCUGGCUCGGCAUCAUUUGACUCGAGCCAAAUGACUGAAGCGCUGAAAGACCCUGCCAUGCUCAAGACCGCUAUGGCGGCCGCUGGCGACGGGCCUGAAGCAGAUCUCAUGAAAAAGAUGACUGAGAAUCCUGAGAUGAUGGAUGCCAUGACCAACAUGAUGAAGAACAUCCCACCUGAGCAGAUGCAGAAGAUGAUGGAAAUGAGCAUGAAGAUGAAAUCUAGUGGUGGCGAUCCCAAGGAUCCCUCCGAGAUGUUGAAUGAUCCGGAAAUGAUGAAGGCAGCUGAAGAGAUGAUGAAGAACAUCUCACCUGAGGCAUUGCAGAGCAUGGCCAAAUCUGCAGGCGUUGAAGUUAGCGAUUCGCACGCGAAGAUGAUAUCGAAAGUUAUGCCAUACAUGAUGAAACUCUUGAAGCUCUGGGGUCACAUCAAAAAGAUGUUCCAGGCGAUGUUCUCUGCAAGGGGCCGGAUUGUUCUUGCAGUUGUGAUCGUGCUAGUCGCAGUUGGACAGCACUACUUUUUCUCCGGUGACAAGAACUAA